AUGCUUUCAACGUCUACUUCCCUAUCCCUCGCCGCCAUCGCGAUGUUCGCGACGCAGGCCGCCGCGCACAUGUCCAUUUGGCACCCGUCGAUGUACGGCGUCGGGCCAGGAUGGUCUUACGACGCAGGAGACCCCGUCGCGCCCCUCGGACCGAACUGGGGCAACCGAGACGACUGGUGGUUUCGAGGACCAGGUUUUCGAAGUCUCCCGCCUCAGUCUGGGGCUGUCCUGGAGCUCCCGGCUGGUGGAAGCGUCGAGCUAGAAAUCGCCUGUCAUUAUGCCUUUUCUUCCUACGGCUACGCGACGACUACGCCAGGUUCUGCGCUCGAUGCAUGCCCUGGACCCAAUGCCGGGCCGUACCACUCUGGCGACCCGCUUUCGACCGAAAUCGACGACAACCUCCUCUCUGGCUGCGCGUUGGGAAUUGCGGAUGUCGACAACAUUAACGAUGUGACGAUGGACAACCUCGCCAUCUUCUCCGUUCAGCACGACUGCGUCAAGCAGAAGAACACGAACUUCGAGAUCCCCGCCAAGAUGCCGGCGUGCACGGGCGAGAAGUGCAUCUGCGGCUGGUUCUGGCUUGCCAACAAUGGCACGGCGAACUUCUACAUGACCGGCUUCGACUGCAAGGUGACGGGCUCGCCCGCCGACGCUACGCCCAUCGCCCCGCCUCAGGACCCGGUCUUCUGCAAGAACAACCCGUCGUCCUGCACGACCGGCUCCAAGCGCCCCAUAUACGCUUACAACACGCCUUCGAACGUCCCCUGGAUCGGCAACAACGACCGCGCCGGCUACCACCAGAGCUGGUCGUUCGGCACGAACGGCGCUCAGAACGACAUCUUCAUGCCCGCUGGCUACAACGUCACGGCGUACAAGCAGGCGAUUGGAGGCGGCAAUGCAGCUUCGCCCGUCCCCGAGACGCCGACUGGCGCCAACGGAGCGACCGACCUCGCGGUGACGGCUUCGGCUGUCGCUUCUUCGUCUGCCCUCGGUCAGGGUCCCUACAGCGCCAUUGACGGGCUUACUGGCGGCUACCUCGCCGACGGAACCGGCAACGAGAACGCCGAAUGGUCGUCGAAUGGGCAGACUGCAGGCUCCUGGAUCAAGCUCGCCUGGUCUUCGCCCGUCACCUUCAACCAGAUCCAGCUCUUUGACCGCCCGAACCUCGACGAUCAGGUCAUGGCAGGCAACGUCACGUUCGCCGAUGGAUCGAGCGUCCUCUUCGGCACCCUCCCCAACGACGGCUCCUCGCCGCUCAUCCUCAACUUUGCCUCGCCGAUUACGACGUCGUCACUCAACCUUACCAUCACCGCCGUCAGCAGCUCGACGAAGAACUCCGGCCUCAGCGAGAUCGAGAUCUUCAGCGUUCCCGCCUCGUCCUUCACGACUUCGCCAGUCUCUGUCGUCCCUGGUCCUCAGUCCACCCACACGACGACGACCGUUGCGCCGACGACGACUUCGGCAUCUGUAUCGUCGACGCACACUUCGGCUGCAGUCACCACGUCGUCGUCGGUCGUCAGCAGCGCCUCGGCAAAUUCGACCUCGUUCCACUCGUCUUCCAUCCUUUCUACGACACUUCCGGCUACCACGUCGAAGACGACGCAGGUCACGUCGCCGUCGUCCACGGUCAGUAAGACGUCGACGCCGGUCAGCUCGUCCUCUACAACCUCGAAGCCUGCGGCCAGCUUGUCUUCCGUCAACCAGACUUCCAGUCACCCUGCUACGACGUCGUCCUCCUCCUCCACGUCCUCGUCCCUCGCACCGACUACGUCUUCGAGCGUUAGCAAGACCACCAGUGCAUCGGCCUCGCCUUCGUCUAGCAGCAGCCGCUCUUCGUCCGCCCUCUCCUCGACAUCUUCUCGCCCUGCGACGACCGCCGCACCGACAACAACGUCGAAGAGCUCCACAACGACGACAAAACUGGCGACUACGACCACACCUGUCUUGGCGGCCUCGCCAAGUCCCUCCCUCAUCGACCUUGCCCGCGUCGCCGUAGCCACCGCCUCCUCUCAGCUUCUCGGCCAGCCCGCCAGUGGCGCGAUUGACGGCAUUGUCGGCGGCAUCGUUCCGGGUACGCGCUACAUCAUGCACCAGGAGUGGACGUCUGCCGGCCAGGGCGUUGGGGCGUGGCUUCUCUUGACCUGGACGACGCCCGUCACCUUCAACGAGAUCGUCCUCCACGACCGCCCGAACCUCCAGGACCAAAUCCUCGGCGGCAACUUGACCUUCGCAGACGGGACGGGCGUCUCGUUCGGCCCUCUCGCCAACGACGGCUCCGCUACGCCCAUCUACCUCUCCAAGUCGAUCACGACGACGAGCCUGAAGAUGUACAUCUCGAAGGUGUCGAGCACGACGACGAGCAUCGGCCUCUCGGAGAUCAUGGUCUAUCAGGUGCCCAACCCGAGGUUCCCGGCAGCCAGCGUCUUGACGCCCACCAAGGCGCCUGUCGUCCUGGCGGCGACGCCCGCAACGACCACGGCGACGUCGAGUGUCAAGGCCUCGUCGACUGCGGCCGCCGCAUCCUCCUCCUCGACCUCGAGCAAGAUUGUCUGGUACCUCGCUCCUCCGUCUACCCAGGUUCUCGCGGUCGUCAACCCGAAGGCGACACAGACUCAGGCGCCGCAAAAGCGUCACGCUCGCGACUUCCGCCUCGACGCUUGA